AUGAUGGUGACGUGGAUAUUUUUGUUUGUUUUGCUGCUUGUUCUGCUGAUUCUUUUCUUCCUGAAACAACUCUGGUCCCGAAGACAUUUGCCUCCAGGUCCUUUGGCUCUACCUCUCAUUGGGACUUUAUGGACUUAUGGGUUUUUUCUUCGUGAAGAUUAUUUCCGCAAGCAUGUAAAACAAUAUGGAAAUAUAUAUUCCAUGUGGUUUGGACGUCAACUUGCCGUAGUGCUGUCUGGAUUCAAAGCUGUGAAAGAAGGAUUGAACAGCUUCCCAGAAGAAUUAUCUAAUAGACUAGAGGAUCCUUUCUUCACUUCUUUAGCGAAAAAAAGGGGAAUUCUUCUUUCCACUGGCCACAUUUGGAAACAGCAGAGACACUUUGGCAUGACCUCUCUGCGGAAGCUGGGCCUGGGGAAGAAAAGCAUUGAGAAUCAGAUAGAAGACACAGCUCAGAGACUCGUGGAGAUCUUUAGACAAACAAAAGGACAGCCAUUUGACCCUACAGUUUCAGUAGAACAUGCAGUUUCUAAUGUCAUAUGUUCUUUGAGUUUUGGACGUCAGUUUCCUCCUGAAGAUGAAAACUUACAGAAGUUAAUUCAAGCCAUUGAUAUUAUAGUGAAAACCACUAGCAACGUUUUCCAUAUCAUGUAUAGUAUGUUCCCACGAUUAAUGAGCUACCUCCCAGGCCCUCACAAGGAGGCCAUAGCUUCUGUAGAGGUGAUCACUUCCUUUGCAAAGCAGGAAAUAGAGAAACACAAGGAAUUCCACUCUCUGCAUGAGCCACAAGAUUUCAUUGAUUACUAUCUUCUACAGGUGGAGAAGAGCAAGAAUGACCCUGAUUCUACCUACAAUGAAGAGAACUUGGCUCAGUGUAUUUUUGAUUUUUUUGGUGCUGGAACAGACACAACCUUGGCUACUAUGAUGUGGGCUCUGCUCCUCUUGGUAAAUCAUCCUAACAUCCAAGAGAAAGUCCAGAAGGAGAUUGAAGAUUUGUUUGGCUUCUCAGGGUCAAUUUCCUACCAGGAUCGGAAGAAGUUGCCCUUCACCAAUGCCGUAAUUCAUGAAAUACUUCGUUUAAAAUUUGUGUUUGUACUUGGGGGACCCAAGCAAUGUAUAAAGGAUGUGAAGAUAAGGGGUUACCGCCUUCCAAAGGGAACCAUUAUUUUGCCAGACCUGCGUUCCGUUCUUCUUGAUCCUGAGCAAUGGGAGACACCUGGAGAAUUCAACCCAAACCACUUUUUAGAUAAGGAUGGGAAGUUCAUUGAAAGAGAAGGUUUUCUGCCCUUUGGAAUAGGUACGUCCAUGAGCCCAAAGCAAGCAAUGGCAAGAAUUGAGAUUUUCAUCUUUUUGACCAGCCUGUUGAGGGCCUUCAACUUCCGGUUGCCCGAAGGAGUGAAAAAACUCAACGAAGAAACCUGUUGUAAAGUUAUAAUGCGCCCACCACCUUACAAACUGUGUGCUAUUCCCACACAGGCUUAA